AUGAAGUUCACCUCCCUCGUCCCCCUGACCUUCCUAGCCCUAACGGGAGCAUCUCCCUGUUCGCAAGGCCCAUCCGACUCAACAGUAACCAUCACGCCCGAGCAAAUAAUCGCCAUUGCGCCAAAGUCUGAAUCAUGUGACGGCGCCGUCGACUUUGUCUCCGAGUGUGGUACUGCGGAGCAGGCUGCCCCUGCGGUGUCCGAAGCCUUCACGAAAUAUGGCCUCACCAACAAGGCUGAGCAGGCUGCUGUGCUAGGCCUCAUGGCCAUGGAGAGCGGCGAGUUCCGGUACAACAAGAACCACUGGCCGGAACCAGGUACUGUGGGCAAGGGAACGCGCAACAUGCAAUCCGUCGACUUCAACAAGCUAUACGCCGCCUCGAUCCUGGAGAUUGCGGACGAAUUCGCGAAAGUCCAGGAUCAGCCCGGCCCUGUUCUGGAUCUGCUCCUUCAAGACCCCGUUCUGGAUUACGGUUCCGGGGCUUGGUUCCUGACUACGCAGUGUAAUGAGACUGUGCGGUCGGGUCUUCAGAACAACGGGGAGGAAGGCUGGAAGGCGUUUAUUACUGGAUGUGUGGUGACUGAGGCGGAUGAGGCGCGCAGAGGUUACUGGUCUAGUGCCGUGACGGCUUUGGGGGCUUAA